CUUCAAUGACCUUUGAAUUUGCUGAAUAAUAAUAAUAAAAUCUUUGUUUACUUCGUCUCAGCAGUGUUUUUGUUAUUGUGGCUAUUCUAUCAAUUGAAUUUAGUGAAAUCAUCUUGAAUUUCAUUACUGAUAUAGUGUGAAACUCAAAUAACAAGUGUUAUUGGAACAAUUCACGGUGAAGCUUCUUAUUUGAUCGAGACUAUUGUUUGUCUAAUUUCGAUAUCGAAAGUCAUUGUGAAUAUCAAGUGUUGCUUACAAAUUUUGUUUAGAGGGUUGUGUUUUGUUACAGUUAUGUAACUGAAGGAUGAGAUAUUUAAAAGUAUAUAAGAUUAAAAGAUACGAUAAGUUAAUCACGAAUUUCUUAUUAGAUUUUGUUAUAGAAUAGGACUGGGGAAAUAAUCACAACACGUGGGUUUCGCUGAGAAUAAAUCGAUAGAGACGUAAGACGCGUGCGCCAAUCUGUAUCAACAAGACUAUUAUACGUCAAGGUCACUGGUCACAAACACGUGCGAUGUCGGAUUCUAUUUACACACAUGAUUUUCUUCUCGAGCCAGGUGUAGAGAUUAAACAGGAGUCGCCGAUAGAGAUGGGCACGAUGUCAGCUUCUGUGCCCAUCCCGCAGCGCCGUUUUGAUAUAGGGGACUUCAACACUGAGCUCGAUUUGUGUCUACAAGACAAUCUGGUUGGCUCCUACAAUAUGUCCAAUUUGUCAUACAACAAGCUGGUGUUUGAAACUGACAGCACAUCUAAAGUGGAUAGUUUUAAAAUGGAUGAUGAAGAUAUUUUUCAAGUUGAUAAAGCUGAUCUUAUAGGUGGACCUACACUGGCUGAGUUAAAUGCAAAUCCAGAUACACUAUUGGAUGAUUUGAAUUUUGAUGAUCUUUUACUACCUGAAGAGAGUGGUUAUUGCAUACAGAUUGGUGGAGCAAUGAGUGGUUCACGCCGUGGCCCGAUCACAAUUCAGCCGAAUAACAUAAUGCCUUCAGAGAGCCCUUGCAGUCCUUAUAGCCGUGCCCAGCUAGCAUUUUCACCUGCAAGUCAACACAGCUCAGCUUCAUCAAGUUUUGCUCAGCCUAUGAACCAGUUGCCAGAAUUGCUGCUCAGGAUGGAUGGGUACAGUGGUGAGAUAGCUCUAGGACAGUCAGUCCCCGCGUCCACUGUGCUGCCCCCUUACCCAACAAGUGUAAAACCUCAGCAAACUCAACUCUCUUCGUCUGCACCUACACACCUCACCAUGGAACAGAUCUGGCAGCGUCGAGAGCCCCGUAAACAUCUGUUGUCUACAAGCUCAUUGGCUGAAGCAGGGUCUGCAUCAUCCCUUUCCGGAGGGCUUCUCAGUCCUGGCACCAUUGACUUUUCACAAGAUGAAGAGGACCGUGAUGUUGAGACAGAUGAAGACAGUGAUAGAUAUGAAGAUCUAUCUUCUGAUGAGUCAAAUGAUGAAACAGAAGGCAAACAGUCUCGUCACAGUUCAAAGAAAGAGAGAUUUUUCUGGCAAUACAAUGUUCAAGCUAAAGGUCCGAAGGGUCAGAGACUUAUACUGAAGAAUAAAUCUGAGGACCCACAUGUUCUAAAUUCAGUAACUGAUCCGGUAUUCAGUCCCAGUUGCAGUGUUAGGGGUAUCAAACAUAGCGGAAAAGCCAGGAAAGGAGAUGGAAAUGAUCUUACUCCAAAUCCAAGAAAAUUGUAUUUAAUUGGUAAAGAAUUAGAUAACUUGGGCAAAGUAAUAAAUGACAUGAUACCUGUCAGUGAGCUGCCAUUCAAUGUUAGACCAAAAACGAGGAAAGAGAAAAAUAAACUGGCAUCCCGGGCAUGCAGACUGAAGAAAAAGGCACAACAUGAGGCAAAUAAAUUAAAGCUACAUGGCUUGGAGCAAGAACACAGGCGUCUUAUGAAUGGCAUAGCACAAAUGAAACAAGUUGUGAGCAGCCGAGUGACUAACUCUCAGAAUAACGUUGACUGGAACUCACAUGUAACGAGCAUAGUUAAUACAGCCACAGAGAUAAAAAUAGCAGGCAAAACUUCAGAAUUUGUCAACAAAGUACUGGACAAAGUCAGAGCAGGACAAAAUAAUGGUGGAUUAAAUGACAUAUAAAUACUAAACACAAACAAAUUCAGAUGUGAGUAAAAAAACGAAAGGCUGUUCAAUGUACCUCCAAAGUUAUUUAGAGAAGAGAGUUUAUGUCUAUCAUAUAAAAGCUUUAUUGUCUAAGACAAUUUUAUUUUUCUAUGGUAUCAAAGUAGAUUUAGUCAUUAGAAGCUUUACAAGGCAACUAGGGGGAGUACUAAUGUACUUCUCGUCUAUAUGAUUACGCCAUGAUUUAGGUGUCAGUGUCAUUUAUAUUUUAUAAGUUAUUGUUAAGGCUAACUUACAUCAUGUUAGUAGUAAACACUGACAGCAUCUUAAUUGCAUUCAGUUAAUUUAAACGCUAAUAGGGCUUACUUAUAUGAUAACAAAUUACACAAAUAAAUUACAUGUGUACCAUUUGUGAAAAAUAAUACAGUUAAGGAUCACACAGUGAUGUGCACUUGGGUAUAUAUUUAAAAGUGAAUCUAGUCAGGAAUUACCGAUAUGUAUGUAUAAUAUGAUGAAGAUGUGCUUUAUAAGUGAGAAAAAUCAAAUAACUUUUUUACAUUCCUUUAUUUAAUUUUACAUGUUUGCAAAUACAUAUGAAAAAGAACACUUAUACACUGUAUUAUUUUUCUCAAGCAUUUUUGCUGUGUGUCAACUAUUUAAAUAUGUAAUUAUAUUGAAUGGGAAAGUAGUGAUUUAUAUAUGUAUGACAUAAAUAAUCAUUAUAGUUUUAUAAAAUUUUUCUCCAUAAAUCGUAAUACCUAGAUGUAUGAAAUAUUCUAUCAUUUAAAUUUAAAUACCUAGAUGGGUUUGCGAAACCGUAUUUAAAAUCAUGUAAAUGUUUAUUAUAAUAAAUGUGUAAUAGUGUAAGUAAAUAUGACGGCACAAUAUACAUUCAUAAAUGAUUUUUAAAAAUAGAAAGCAUGGCUUAGCUAUUUUAUACUUUUUACUUAUUGACAUGUUAAUGAACUUUUAAUAGUUAUUAUAACAUAUCGGAAAAUUAUAUUCGCAAUAAGUUAUUACUGACAUUUUUAAUGCCAAAAAUUAUUUGGCUGGCAAGGGUAUUUGUUUGUCUAACGGCCAGUUUCUUCAUCAAAAGUUAAAGUUAUGUCUAAAGUUAAAGUAACGGUCAAAUUCGUUUUUUCAAGGCUAAAGUGACAGCAAAAUUCAUAGAAAAAUUGAAUUUAACCGUUACUUUUACUUUAGACAUUACUUUGACUUUUACUUUGGCUUUAACUUUUGAUGAAGAAACUGGCUGUUAGUAAACAUUCACAAAAUUAACGUAAAUAUGUUACGUAUGAAUGAAUAAAUUUCUCAAUGAUAAUGUGCCCCAUAUCACAAGAAUACACUAAGUUGGUUAAUCCACAGCCAUGUCAAUAACUCAAGGAAACACCUAAAUAAAUGUUUCUUGAAAAAGUCUUGAAUAUAGAAGUAUCAUUACAUUUUAGUGCACCAAUUAGUGUUAAGCAUGUAUGCAUUGAAUUAAUUGUAUAACUAAUUUUCAAUAUUUUUCUGUAAUCGUAAAAAAUAACUACAUAUUUUUAAUAUUUCUUAUUAAAAUGGAAAGGGUAUAUAAUACUUUAUAUUUUUACGUAUAGAUACGUGAUGUAGUACGAUGACUGAAUAUAACGUUGAUUUGCAAUCAACUUGUAUCAUUUGACUCGAUUUUGGCAACAAUUCUAUUAUAAACGCCAGUUAUUUAUUACGAACAAAACGACAAUUUUGUUAAUUUGUUUAAUGUAAGUACAGGAUUUUGUCCUAAUGUUCGGUCACACAACACGUUGUAUUGCAAAAUCUAUCUUCAGUAACCAAAUCUGCCGAUAGAAGGCUCGUUGAUAAUAUAGGCGUAAGACAACAUUUAAUCACUUGCCUCUAAUGGAGUUAAUCUUCUUAUAUACUUUAUAUCUAAUUAGUAGAUUGGAAUAAUAUUUUUAUGUGACUGCUUUUUUAUAAAAUAUAAGUAAAUUAAGAAUCCGUUUCCACUACCUACUUCAUCAAAACGUAAAAUUCGCACUAAAAUAUUUUUGCCGUUGUGAUGUUAUUGGUAAUAAUAUUAAAUUAUUUGAAUGAAAUUUUAUAAUUCAGAAUAAAUAACAAUUUCAAAAUUUAUGGCGUUUUCAAACUAACGAGAUUAUUCGCGUUUUCUGUCGCGCUUAAUUCUAUUGCUGACACUCAAAUACGAGCGCCUAAGUGCGACAGAGUUUUGUAUCGCGUGAAGGCUAAACUGAGUGUGCAUUUACUUGCGGCAAAAUUCGCUAUUUUGAAACGCUCAUAACAUAUAGUUUUGAAACUGAUUAAUUUACUAGUGGAAACGUGUGGUACGAUACGAAUGAUCUGCAAAAGAUAACUAGAUUGUAUGUAGAAGAUAAAAUAUUUAUAAUACUUUGUACCCAUUUCAAGGAAGUUUUCACAUCAAAACGCACUGAAUGUAAGUAGAUAAGUUUAUCCAGGGACUAAAUGUUUGAAAAAAAUGAGGUGAAAGGAAAACCAGUACCCAGCAUGCGUAAAUGGUGUGAAUGCUGCCAAUAUUUUAAAAUUAUAUAUUUCAUAUCAAGCAACAUUUUAAAAUUCAUCCAUUUAAGUCAAUUUAGAUAAAUAGAUUAGAUACUUAAGCAUAUUAUAUUCAAGAACCAAAUUUUGGUCCCCAUGUAACUAAGUUGUGUCUGGUUUUCAUAAAUACUACUGCCUUAUUUUCGAUAAAUCUAGAAUGAUUCAAAAUUUUAAGGAUAUUGUUUUUUGUGGAGUGUAUUACACUCCACAAACUGCUUUUGCGAGUCUUUUUGAUUUGAUGUGUACGAGCCCUCUGAAUGAUUUCAGAACAGCUGAUGAUCGUAAGAAAAGCAGUCUGUUUUGUAAAUUCUAAUUUAGUUUUCGUUCUUCUUAUAUAAAAUAUUCAUAGGUUACAUGGAGAACAAAAUGACUAGCGGAGAUGUCAUAACGCAAAAUCUCCUCAGAAAGUAGCGCGCCAAGGUGUUCGAGGGACGAGGUACGUUAAUAGCUCCUCCCUUACACGCCCUCUAUGGAACCCACCCAUUAUUUUCAUUAUAAAAUCACCAAUCAGUCAAGACCAAUCUUUGACAGAUCGGUUUUGAUUUGGCCAGGAGCUCGAACGUCUAGUAACUGAUCACGCCUACCGUACGUUGCUUGACCUACAAGAAGGCGCCUGACCUAUUUACCUUAUGGCGUCUCCGCUCUCUUUCCUUCUUUCGUGGUAGGUUACGAAACAUACGAAAGUUUCAUGAUAUUUUUAUAAAAUAAAUUUUUGGACAUAAAAAAUGCUAUAUAUUUAGGUAAUACACCAUUGUAAUAAAAAUACCUCAAUUUGGACGGCAUAAGCUUUUCUUAAAUGUCUUAAAGUUAAUAAUAUUAAGAAUUCGGGAGCUCCAAUCAUGUUGCUUGUAUAGUGUUGUAGUUUGAUAGAUUUAACUCUGAUUUAAAUAUUUAUGUGUAUUAAAGUUUAUAUUAUCGUUAUAUCGUUUGCUGUUUAAGGCUAAUUGUAAAUAUAUUUUUAAUUUCUGUUUAUACUUAAAGGUCACUUAACGAUCGGAAGGUUAAUGUUAUUCUUUACACAGUCAUAAGUCUUUGAGAGCAUUCCUAUGCUUCCCGUUUCAGGACUACGAACAGUAGAAUCGAUCAAGAAUUGCAUUUGCCUGGACAUAAAAAGAACAUUGCGAGAUUUUUUAUGGGGAAUUCGACAUCGAGGUAUCUGAAAAUUCAAAAAAAUCAGAAAUUGAAUCGAUGCUAUUCGUAGUCGCCGUUAAAGGAUUGGCCAAAGUAUUCUACAAGUUCACAAGGACCAAUAAUACCAAAAAACGACUCCCAGUAAUGAGAUACGUAUUUGGUUGUUAUUGGUUCCAAGACCAGCUCAGAAUAAUUAUUUUUGCCUAUUGUCCUUUUAAAUUGUAUGUACCCUGUAAGUAGGUACAUAGUCCACACAUAAAAUAGUACUUUAUUUUCGUUACAUAACAAACCAAACUCAAACUGGUCUGCGAUCCAAUAGGCUGUGGUUAUUUGUAUAUUUUUUAUGUAAGUUUUCUUAUGUUAAUUUUUAUUAUUUUCUUUAUUAAAUAUUUUUAAAUGUAUGUUAAUGUAUUAAUGUUGAAUAAAAUUUUACGAUAAUAAGUAUAAUUUUAGAAA